UGAGGCCAAAAAAGCAUGUGAGUGGCUCCGAGUGACAGGAUUCCCUCAGUAUGUUCAGCUUUUUAAAGAAGGUUUGUUUCCCCUGGAUAUUGACUCUGUGAAGAAGGACCACAGUUUUCUGGAUGAGGACUCUUUGGGGGCUCUGUGCAGGAGGCUGAUGACCUUGAACAAUUGUGCCUCAAUGAAACUGGAGGUUCAAUUUCAGUGCAAGCAGAAUGAAAAGUCAGAAGAAGAGGAACAAUGUACCAUCAGCAGCGGCUGGGCCUUCCAGCAGGAAAGUAAGCACUGGUCUUGUGUGAGGUCCUCUGACUUGCUGGCCCCCUCGAACUCUGGCCUUCUAGUGAACUCAAGCUGUGAGAGUGUCCUCACUGAGUUUAGCGCCACCUCCCUGCCAGCCAUCACUGUGAGUCUACCGCCUGAGCCAGCAGACCUGCCCUUAAUAGACUCUUUGCCCAGCCCUAGUGACCAGUCCUUCCUUAGCCCCACAUGGGGCCAGGAGGGUCCUCUGGACAAAGCCAAGAAACACCGUUCCCGCAGCUUCCUCAAGCACCUUGAAUCUCUGUGGAGGAAAGAAAAGGAUAGUAGCCGGCAAGUAGACCCUGAACAUAAGCCAACCACUACAGAAAAGACCAUCAAAGCCUCAUCUUUCCGUACUUGUCGUGGCUUCCUAUCAGCUGGAUUUUACAAAGCCAAGAAUUGGACAGCUACCUCAGCCAGUGGCAGGAGUGCUGGGAGUCAGAGGGCCUGGGAGGCUUGGCCUGUGGCCAUGUUCCAGCAGCAUCAGCAAUUAAACAGAGGUGACUGGAUGGUGUAUGUACCCAGGGACCACAAACCAGGCACCUUCCCUCGCUCACUGUCCAUUGAGAGCUUGUGUCCUGAGGAUGGACACCACCUGGCAAAUUGGCAGGCAGGUAGGCACUGGGGCUAUAAGGGACGCCGGGGCUCUUGUGGCUCAACGGGCAGCCAUGCCAGCACCUACGACAACUUGCCAGAUCUGUAUCCAGCUGAACCUGGACUGGCUGGGGCCGACACCGAAGAUGAGGAGGAGGGGGAGGUUAGGGGCAGUUACACUCACGUCGAUGACAUUCUCCAGCAUGUUUGGGGGCUGCAGCAACGGGUUGAACUCUGGUCUCAGGCCUUAUACCCAGACCUGGGGCCUGUAGAUAAGGAAGAGGAAGAUGAGGAAGAGGAGGAGAUUGCUUCUUCAAUAGAAAUAGCCACAGCUGAGUUUGAAGGCCAGGCUGAGACUCUGACCCAGGCAGAGGCUCCAGCCCAUGGGAUACCCUCACCCUGGGUCCAGGAUGAAGUCCAGCCAAUAGUACCGGCUCAGGCUCAGGCCUCAGCCAAGGCUGAGUCAUUGGCACAGGCAGAGGCCAAGCCCCAGGCCCCAUCCCAGGACAAUGAACAGGAAGCACAUUCAGGUGGGGAACCCACCUCUACCUCCAGCCUGUCUGUGGAAGAAGGACCCUCCAUUCCUGACACUGUGACCUCUAACGAACUUGAUAGUAGUGGGAACUCUAUGAAUGAAGCUGAGGCUGCAGGGUCCCUGGCUGGACUCCAUGCAUCAGUGUCCCAUGAACGGCGUGAUUCAGGUGUUGGGGCCUCACUUACCAGACCUUGCAGGAAGCUCCGUUGGCAUAGUUUCCAGAACUCUCACAGGCCCAGCCUUAACUCGGAGUCUCUGGAGAUCAAUCGGCAGUUUGCAGGCCAGAUCAACCUCCUGCACAAGGGCUCACUGCUGCGGCUCACUGCCUUCAUGGAGAAGUACGCUGUGCCCCACAAACAGGGCUGGGUCUGGUCAGUGCCCAAGUUCAUGAAGAGGAACAAGACACCAGACUACCAGAGACAGCAUGUAUUUGGGGUGCCACUUCUCAUCCAUGUGCAGCGCACAGGCCAGCCCCUGCCACAAAGCAUUCAACAAGCCAUGCGCUACUUGCGCAGCCAGUGUCUGGACCAGGUGGGCAUCUUCCGUAAGUCUGGAGUCAAGUCCAGGAUUCAGAACCUACGCCAAAUGAAUGAGACCUCGCCUGACAAUGUCUGCUAUGAGGGCCAGUCAGCCUAUGAUGUGGCUGACCUGCUGAAGCAGUAUUUCCGGGACCUUCCUGAACCCAUCUUCACCAGCAAGCUCACCACCACUUUCCUACAAAUCUACCAGCUCCUCCCCAAGGAUCAGUGGUUGGCAGCAGCACAAGCUGCCACUUUACUGCUCCCCGAUGAGAACCGAGAGGUGCUACAGACUCUGCUCUACUUCCUAAGUGACAUUGCCUCUGCUGAAGAAAACCAGAUGACAGCCGGCAACCUGGCAGUGUGCCUGGCACCCUCCAUCUUCCACCUCAACAUCUCCAAGAAGGAUAGCCCUUCUCCCAGGAUCAAGAGCAAAUGUAGCCUGGUCAGCCGGCCAGGCCCCAGGGAUCUCACUGAGAACAUGGCUGCCACUCAGGGCCUAUCACACAUGAUUAGUGACUGCAAGAAACUUUUCCAGGUGCCCCAGGACAUGGUGCUGCAACUGUGUGGCUCAUAUAGUGCAGCUGAACUCAGUCCUCCUGGCCCAGCCCUGGCUCAGCUGCGGCAAGCCCAAGCCACUGGGGUGAGCCUGAGCCUGUACAUGGAGGAGAGCAUCCAGGAGCUGCUACGCAAUGCUGCUGAGCGCUUCAAGGGCUGGAUGAAUGUGCCAGGGCCCCAGCACACAGACCUGGCUUGUAAGAAGGCACCUGAUGGGCAUCCCCUGCGGAUUUGGAAGGCCUCCACGGAGGUGCCUGCCCCUCCAGCUGUGGUGCUGCAUCGUGUUCUUCGGGAGCGGGCCCUUUGGGAUGAGGACCUGCUGCGGGCCCAAGUGCUGGAAGCCCUGAUGCCGGGUGUGGAGCUGUACCACUAUGUCACCGACAGCAUGGCACCUCAUCCCUGCCGUGACUUUGUAGUGCUUCGGAUGUGGCGCUCUGACCUGCCUCGGGGGGGUUGCCUGCUCGUCUCCCAGUCCCUGGAUCCUGAGCAACCCGUGCCAGAGUCAGGGGUGCGGGCUCUCAUGCUCACCUCCCAGUACCUCAUGGAGCCUUGUGGCCUGGGCCAUUCCCGGCUCACUCACAUCUGCCGUGCUGACCUCAGGGGCCGUUCUCCUGACUGGUACAACAAAGUCUUUGGGCACCUGUGUGCCAUGGAAGUGGCAAAGAUCCGGGACUCCUUUCCCACCCUGCAGGCAGCUGGCCCUGAGACUAAGCUGUGAGCCUUUAGCUGGCCCCAGUUUGGCGCCACCCAGACCUCUGACACCUAGAGAGUGAGGGGAAUUAAGAAUAAAUGCUGCUACUAGGGUUGAGUCAGUCCCAGAUGGCUCCAAUUGCCUAUCCUGGCCCCCUUAUUUCCUAAAGCACCACUGUACACAUAGAAGAGAGAAUUUGUGUGUCCUGUCUCCACCCCACCUUCAUCCCCUACACAUGUCCUGCUCUCCCAAGAGAGGAAAAUCAUGUCAAUAGUAAGCAGACUGCUGCCACCCUCUAUCUGCCUACAAGGCUACCACUCAGUCUGAAGCCUCUAAAGCCCCUCCUUGGUGGGGAAAAGUUCAAGAGCAGUACAUAGUCCCAGCUCAGUGCCAAACAUUGAAAAGCCAAGCCAUCCUGUUUGGUGCUGAGAUCCUUUUGAGGUUGGACAGGAGGUUCUGGACCUGUCUUUGGAGUCAAUGCUAGCUCUGAACUGGCUUUUCCAGCGAAGUUGGACUAGAGCAGAUGGACACAGGGGCAGAACAGAGGACAGCCCAGACACUAUGAGCUGUUUUAUUUAUGUAAAUACGAAGCUGACAUUUUUGAGGCUGAUUUAGAAUGGGCAGUGAUGGGCCCCUAGUAGACAACAUGACAAUUUGUGGUAGCGUGGGAUAUGAGUGUGGGAAACCAAUGAACCAGUCUCUCCUGGAUUGGACUUUCCACUUGAUCUGCCACUCCCUGGGUCCCAUAUAGCCUUUGGCUACACACUGCCAUGUCUGGAGAGCAAACAGGAUUGAUUUUGCCACCCAGGCCAAGUGAAAGCAGAGAAUGGUGAAGAAACAGGUAGCUUUGUCAUUUUCCCCUUUUGCCUAUGGUAGCAGGCUACCAUAUAGCCCUUUCCUGGAGCCUGGGACAGGUAGAUAGAAGAACUGGGCUUACUCAGUCAGCUGGGGCUUGAGCAAAACCUAAUGAAUCCCACCCAAGGCUGUCUUUGUUCACAUGGAAAUUCAAAUGCCAUUCAAAGGCCAACUGGUGCUUUAUUUUUCUAUCUGCUGAAUAAACUGGUAUGGGAUAGAUCUCAGCCACCAUUGUAAUUUUUAAGCCUAUUUUAUUUG